AUUUUGAUAUUGUUUAAGAUGGGUUUGCAGAAGUAGUAUUGUCUGAACGUGAUUAGUAAAUUAACUGUAACAUGAUCGGACAUAUCAAUACUACACUGAGCCGCGGUAGUAAGAGCGAAAAUGUGUAUUCAAUGCGAUUUUCAGUUCAUUUAUUGGUGAAACGGUUUCUAUAUUCACUUUUUUCGUAUUAAAAAUCGAGAUGUGCUAUAAUAUGAUGUGCAGCAGGUUCUAAACAGCUCAAUAUUCUUUUUAAUUUUGCACAUAUCACGAGCAAUAAAUAAUCACAAUGUAAUUUGUACAAAUUUUUUACUGAAUAAUGGUGUAAUGUCGCUUUCAAUGUGCAUAAUAAGAAAUUAAAAAUAAGUGUUACAUAAAAAUACCAUUGCUUUACGCUUGAAAAUUAUGUAUCGCAAUAUAGUAGUGUUAAGUGAUCCACAAAAUGGAGGAACAGGCUUGUCUGGUGCGAGCUCGCUCCGAUUCUGAAAACUCCUCGAAACUGGGCAGCUUCGGAUCCCUCUCACAGUCCUACAACAUGACUUACAACGAGGGAAAACUUAAUGUGCCCGGUCCUGAAGGCGCCGGGGACCCCAGCCACACAGGUAACAUGGCGAACGCGCCGCAGGAGAACGCCGAAGGCAACGAGAGUGGCGAGCUCUUGGACUAUAAUGACUCCAGCGUGCUCGAGCAGUUUCAUGAAGACGCGUUACGCCAGGCUGGAUGCGGAUUGUCCCAACUAAAAGUGUACGUGGCCGUCGGCCUUGCGGUGGCGGGAGCUUCACUGGAACUUGCCUCCAUAGCCUUUGUGCUCCCCUCUGCGGAGAUCGAACUUUGUAUACUGCCGCACGAGAAGAAUUGGCUAGUGCUAAUCACUAUUAUGGGCUGGUCUCUGGGCGGGGUCGGCUGGGGUGCGUUGGCGGAGCGCGGGGGCAGAAGACGUGCCCUGCACUCGGCACUCGCCGUCAAUGCUGUAUUCGCCACCAUCGCCGCUUUCAUGCCCACAUAUGGGACGUUUAUGAUGGCCAGAUUCUGCUCAGCCAUCGGCUCCGGUGGCAUCAUCUCCACGGGAUUCACGUACGCGGGCGAGAUGGCGGCCCGGCCUUUCCGUACGGCCCUACUUGCUACCCUACCCGCCAGUAUGGGCGCUGGUAUUCUGAUGUCCGCUGGAUUGGCCCAAGCGAUACUUCCUAGCACGGGACCGGAAGCGCUUGUGGAAAAUAAGGAGCAUUUCAGCGCUUGGCACAGAUAUCUUCUUCUAUGCACAUUACCAAUUAUUGCAUCCCUCAUAAGUUUAAUAUGGACUCCCGAGUCACCCCGCUAUUUGCUAGAUGUGGGGAGAGAGGUCGACGCUAUGAUGGUUUAUCAGAGUAUCCACAGUGGUAACCAGACGCGCAUAUGCGGGCGCAAGGCGUCUUUAUCUGGCGAGGCGGAUUACAGAUUAGGCGAGUUGUCGUUGCCGGGGAAACGGCGCCCGCCCGCCCUACAUCACGUCCGACACAGCGUCAAAAUGUUCUGGCAGGCGUUCUUCCAGCUGUUUUCCAGCACGUACAGAAACACCACGUUGUCUCUCGCCGGCAUGCUAUUAUUCUCCGUGGCUAUACAAUGCUACCUAUCGCUCUACGUUCCCGCCGCUGUUACCAACACAGACAACCUCUUAUACGACAUGUCGAAGAAAACGAUCACGAACGUCACUUACGACAACGUUAACUACAACGAGACGCUGGAAAACGUGGACUACAUCGACGUUACGUUCAAGAACUGCACGUUCCGGGACAUUCUGAUGUCGCACGUGGAGUUCGUCAACUGCACGUUCGUAGGCACGGCGUUCGCGAACAUCAAGACCUCGUACACUGUGUUCCGAGCGUGCGUGUUCUACAAUAGCAAUAUCAUCGACACGGACAUAGAAUCAGGCCGCGAGCUAGACGAGGCGUGCGUGCUGAACGGCACGACGGUGCGAGGCAUGCGCGGCGUGUGCGCGAGGCAUGCGGACCUACGCUGGGCGCAACGCGGCCGUCUCGCGGAGCGCACAUUCGCCGCGCACGCCGCGUUUUUCGCCGCACCCUUUCUAGUAUCCAGGAGGUUACAGAAACCACCUGCAACAGUGGGAAUAUGCAGCCUACUGAUAUUGCUGUCCCCCUCUAUAUACUUCGCGCAGAGCGAGAUGGCGCUAUACAUCAUGGAAGCUGUCUACGGACUGGUCAUAAUUGUGAUAUUCUUUGGUGUGGGGGUCAAGAUUAUUGACACCUAUCCCGCUAACUUGAGAUGCACAGCACACGGAUUGAUCCUAUCGGUAGCCUACAUGGUAGGUGCGGCGGUACGCGGUAUGGCAGAGUACUCCCCUCCGUUACUCAGCGCACUACUUUGCGCGUACUUCGCCAUCAUGGCCACCGCCAUAGCUGCGAGACUGCGAUAGAGCGAGACAGCGAUAAUGUGCACGAGUGUGUUAAAAAGAGACGGUGAAAAAGUGUUAAUAAGUAAGCAGUGUGUGCGAACGUGAGACAGCUAUGUCCCCUCUCUUAGCCCCAGCUUUAUUGUUUAUUCCACUAGUCAAAAAUUGCUAUAAUUGUAACAGGAUCACAUAAAUGUCAAACAAUUAAUAUGGUAAGUAUUCACACAUACUUAGCGCGUACUUCGCCGCAAUGUCUGCGAGACUGCGAUAUAUUGCGUAAGAGUGUUAAAAAGAGACAGUGAAAAAGUAGGCAGUGAUUUUUCUACGUGACACAGAGACGAUUGUUCUUGCAACUAUAUUGUGUAUUAAACCAGUUAAAUAUUAUUAUAAUUCAAAGUACCAGCAUCACAUAAAAUUUAAACAAUUAUUCAUCGUUGAGAACGCGCAUCUACAAGCGCUUACUUCGCCUUAGCUGCAAGUGAACGAGCGGUUUUAUUUUUUAUUGCUACUCAACACAAUAUUAUCCCGGGCUACCGGGUCGCAUCCAGAGUCUAUAUAUAGAUAUAGUCAUCCAUAUAUAAGUAAUAGAUGCAAAACUCGGCCAAUACCCCCUAAUUUUGUACAAGGCUAGCAUAUAUGUCAAGAAUACAUUUAAAUAUGGAUUAGACAAAAAAACAGACCCUGCUUGAAUAAUAUAUGGAAUAUUCUGGGUCAACUUGGAUUAAGAGGAGGAUAGAUGUAUAAAUUUACUCUUACAUAGGCGUUUGAGAUAGAGCGAGAGUACAUUAGUGAAUGUGUGUGAAACAGGGACAAGUGUUUAAUUAAGUGUGCGGCAAAAAAGACAAAAAAAAACCAUGACAGUCUGUUUAGAGGCAGCUAAAAUAGUUAUAAUGAAAAAAACGAUGUAAAUAUUAUAAAAAUACGUAAAUUCCAAUUUUUGAAAAAUAAUCCUGUUGUAAUUUUUUUUUUUAGUAAAAAAUAUUUCGCAAUUUAGUGUGGGUGGCUAUAUUUCUGUCAUCAACUCAGUUAAUCGACACUUAACUUCCGAUAUUUGUAUGUGCAUCCAUUUUUUUCUAAAACCUUAAGGGUCCAUGAAAUUAAAACUAUUAUUAUUAAAAGGUAACAACUUUUAAAAUAAUAACACAGUAUUCCACUUUUUUGAAGUUAUCUUAUCAAAAUUUUGAGAUGAAGAAUCUAUUAAAUGUAUAAAUAAAUAUGUUAUAUAGGAGAAAGUCGACAAGUCGCCUUGUUGUGUGCCCAGUGGCCCAACAAGACCGCCACUAGGUCACCGCUACUAGUUAUUUUUACUUUAUCGUUAGUAAUUUUAGUGUAAAAGGCCAAAUGAAUAAGGCGUGGAACCACUUGUACCUACUCGAAAACCUAAUUUAACCUAAAUAGAAAUAACAUUAAAACAAACCUUUCGAAAACAAGGUAUGUGUACAUAAAAAACGAUCGAUGCAUUUAUGUAUUGCAAUUAUGUUUCCCCGUCGCAUCGUUCUCUAUCCAGAGUUAAUAGCUUUCAUUAUAAACUGCUACAACUCCACAUUUCAUCAGUAUUAUAGGAUGUGUUCACCUUUUGAUAUAUUCUUUAUUUUAUCUAAGACUAAUAUGUGUAAAAAUAUGUUUAUAUAAACAGAAGAAGUCAUAUAUUUUAUUUUUGCAUCCGGCUAACUUUUCUAACUCGUAACGAGGUGUGAAGCCGCCGUGUUAUUCGACAAUAACAAAUUUUCCGGACUGUUUGGGUGAGUGGGUCGGCGGAUUCGCUGUGUAAACUUCUUACGGCUGUCUUAAAUUUGUGUUUUAUAUAAAGUCGAUGGAGAUUGACAACUUGUUGAAGAUGUAACUGAAUCGGGCAGCACCAAUAUUCCAAUAAUUAUAUCUGUCAAAUUAUUUAUUUUUACUUAUUUUGCGCAUUAUUCUAUUGGCCUUUUACGUUAGUUCCAUUAUUUGGAAACUUAGUGCUAAUGAUGAAAAAUUUCACGGUUACUGUCGCAUUAGCACUUACGAAGACAUCUUUGUUUAUAGAGUAACUUAAUACUAUGGAGUUAUGGCUAUGAAGGAAUUUUAUUUAUAUGAUUCUAAAUUACAAUUUAAAUGAAAUUGCGAAGAACGCAAUAAAUAAUUAUAUUAAAAAUUGUAUGGUAUAUUACUAGUUAUUAUUAUUAAUGAAUUAUGUUUUUUUUAUAUUAUGGUAGAGUUGUUAAGGCUGAACAUAUCGUAAGGGUGAAUAUGGUUGUAAUCCUUUUUUUUAAUUAUUAUUAUAAUACAUAGAUAUUUCACGAAAAAUUAAAACAUAGUUGGUAUUUAUGUAUAUUUUGCAGGGACAGACAGAAAGCACCUUGGAUUUCUCCUGCUAACAACCAUCUUUUGGCAUAUUUGAUGAAUCGAAACAACGCAUAAUACACUUAGCACUACUAACGUCAUCAUAUCAGCCCAUCACCAGCUUACUAUAGGACUCGAGUCUCCCACAAUCUGAAGGGGUUAAGACCGUAGUCCACAACGCAGGCCAAGUGCAGGAUGGUGGACAUUGAUGUUUGUCAGCGUACAACUUAAAAAAAUGUAUUAUGGACUUUUAUCCGCCUUUUUACAUCCACGCGCACGUGCUAUUCUAUCUAGGCGUUCUUUCUAAUCGCUUGAUUACCUAAAAGUCGUAGCAUGAUCUUCCUGAAGAAUUUAGCUACUGAAUAAAGAGAUGACAGAUUUUUCAAAUCAAGUUAGUUCCAGGCACCGUAUUGAAACCACACAAAUUUCUUAUGACCUUAGAUGAAAACUCACAUCAUCACACUUCUAAAUCUGGUAAAAUUUUCCAAAAAAAAAUCAAUAGAGCGGAAUAUGCCUCUCUGAAACUAGUGACAUAAGAUCCAUUUUACUUUGUCAUUUCAUUGUUGCAAUUUAUGAAGACAACACUGAUUGAAGCGUGCAAAACUUAUAAUAUGUACCUAUACUGAAAUACUGCGAAAUCCAUAUGAGAAAAAUGUUAACUUAUAAAACUACCCACAAGUUAUAAUUUUUCGUGAAAUAAUGCUGGGAGGACAUUCGCAACACGCCCCUCCCGUCAAAAACGCCACGCGUGUUUAGACAUCAAAUCAACAUUCCGGUUUGACUGAACACGUGUGACGUGGUACACGAAACGUGCUGCUAUGCAAUAUUAAGUCAUUGCAUUAUAUCGUAGAUGCCAUAUCUUAAGUGAUAUUCAUGAUAGACUGCUUAUGUUAUAUGUGUUUCGAUAGGUUAAUAAAAGACACUAUUAUUAGUAAUUGUAUCUUUACUUUUUUUCUAUAUCCGGGCUGGCAACAAGGAAUUUCAUGGCAACCUUGUAUGAGCACCUAAAUUUUUUUUAACUUAUCUGUACUUUAUCGCAGCUACAGUAUGUUUACAAGGCUAGUUGGAAAAGGUAUUUCGAGGACACCCGUAAAAAGUAUACUCCAUUUAGAAAAAAUAUUGUUUAAAAGUAAUUGACAACCCAAACUAAUUUUAAUGACUUGAAAUGUGAUUUUUUUGUUUUAAAAUUAUUAUCUAGAACCAUAACCUUUUCGUGUUUGAAUUAAUUAUACUCCAAACCAAAGUAAAAUAAAUUACACUGUACACAUUACCAUAUUAAGCCUUAAUACUCAUUGAGUUUUUUUGUUCGCCAUUUUAACUCGUGACCCCAUUGGAAAUUAAUAUGGAUACAGCUGGUGAUAUGGUCAUAUAACAAAUUUAAAACUUUUUAAAGUUCUUAUACGACCAUAACACCAGCUGUAUCCAUAAGAGUAUUGAUUUCAUGAAUAUAAGUAGGGCGACAGAAGUUUUUAAUUAUUGUGUAUCCUGUUAUACACCAUAGUUUAGUAUCCUUUUCCAACUAAACUUGUAGAUUGUUCACUUAGCCUAGUUACUAGUUAUUUUCUAACCAUUUAUUUAGCUUGUUACAUAAGCACGCCUUUGAAGUUUCAUAAUUAAUAGCAGGCUACCGCCUUAAUACACAUAGACAAAAAUAUAAUGCAAUAUCGAUGUGUUAAACCGAUUAAAACUUCUCCGAUAAAUAAAUUCAAAUUUAUUUUAUUUAAAAAUUGACUGGAUAUUGGGACAUCACAGUCGAGCUGUCAAAAGUAAAACGAAUGGUUAGACGUAAAUUAGCUGAAAUGCGAGUAGUUAAGUUACCAACAUACUCAUAAUUUCUUAAAAAUAGGAACGAAACUGUAGUGUAUUUUGUAUGGUAAAUUAAUGUAAUUUUUGUUUCUACCUACCGAUAAAACAGAAAAAUCUUAAUAAUAUUAUUUAAUAUGAAUGCGCAAUAUUAAAAAUGAAACACAGUAAAAAAUAUUUUGUCAGUAGAUAUAGUACCUGUAGUUAUACAGACUAUACAAAAUAUUUGUAUUGUUUUUAUUUACUUGAAUAGAUACCAGAGAGAAAAACAUCUUAAAUGAUAACUUAAGGCUCAUAGUCUCAUAAAAAUGUUUUAUUUUCCUUCUUAAAUAUAUAUAAAAGAAUUAUAUUUUAACUUUAGUAUAUCAUUUUACUGGAUUUUUGUUGUAAAUAUUGAUAUCAUUUUUUCAUACAUAUCGUAAAUUUAGUUUUUAAAAAACCUUUUUUUUCCUUGUGUGAUACUGGAGUGGAAUGUAAGACGUCUUAGGAAUAUCAGUAAUUUUAGUAUCGCCAGUUACUGGAACUCUGAACGAUUUUAUUUAACUGCCUCGUUGGUUUAGGGGUUCAUUGAAAGGAUCAAGAGUCCUGGGUUUAAGCGGGCCGAAAAUGGUUAGAUAUUGGGAUUUUCUGUCAUAAAAUUCGCAGUACCUCCUCUCAGUUAGGAAAUUGGCGAUGUCCAACACACCUCGAAGAGCACGUGAAUUACUGCCCCAGGUUAUUCAUCCAUAUAUCACUAAGAGGUAAUGCAUAACAACACGAAACGUAGUCGUGUCGUUGAAAUUUACGACGUGCGUCGUAAUAAAUAAUUAAGAUGUACGACAUUAUGUUGUGUCGUAAAAACUGAUGAUCAAAUGAGCCAGUACUCAAUUUGAUAUUCCAUUUUCGUAGAUGCAUGAUAUUAUCUCCGACAGUUGAUUAUCAAUCAUGAUUGAUGAACAUCACUGUAUCAUGCAUAUUAAUAUCCCUAGUGAGAAGGCAUCCUGUUCUAUGGGGUAAAACACAACAAGACAUAUGAAUGUAUGAUGAAAUCAACGACACCGUAUUGUAAACCUCUUGCAAUGCAUCGUAGCACGAUUACAUCCUAUCACGAUUAUUUUUACGAAGCGUCGUGUGCGUUUCGAGUUUGCACGUAACAUGUCGAGCCUUUACCGCCAAAUUAGCGUAAACGACAAAUCAAAAAUUUUCUAAAAGUAGAUUUAAAGAAUAUUUUAAUUAAGCUUUUUUUUGAAAAAAAAACAAGGGCUCGAUGUGAUAAUAAUCCUCAAAAACCCACUACUGGAGGAUCAGCGUAGAGGGUUUAGGCUCUAAAUCCUACUUUAUGAGAGAAAAUACCACUUCCUAACAAUGGGACAAUAAUAGGCUGAGGAUUCUUUUAAAUUAACAUUACCUAAGCUGAUGGCAUAUAACGAAACUAAGACGAUCGCGUCGCAGUUUUAAAUAUUGAACG